AGGGAAGUAGAGAGGCCAACGUUAGUGGUAAACGAAAAUAAAAGGGUGAAAGAAAACUCGUCCACGAGGUUCUGUGUCAUCCUAUAAGCAAAGCAAAUAAGAGUGCUCCAUUUCCUACAACACUGUAACCUCAUCCUCCAAUUCCCACACCCACUCCUUCCCACAACACUGUAGCAUAGCAGCAGUGGCUAAGAUUGGACUAUUGUCGUUCAUUUUUUAUUCCAUCGCUGUCGUGUCUGAGAAUUAUGACAUAAACAUGUUUUUAUUUGCUUAACAACACCCAAACUUAUAUCUAACAGGAUUUCAUCGAGAAAUUUUGUAUUUUUUGGCAUAUUAUCUUGCUGAAAAUAUAUUAGAUGGCCAUUGCACCUUUUGGUAAUACAUCAGCUACUCAAUGGGGAAUUCAUCCUCAGAUUUUCGCGGGAUCGACUGGGUUGGGAAAGAUUGCAUCAUCCAGGAACAAUGUUACAAGCAGGAUAAGGUUUAUGGUUGCCCCAUGUUCGAGCUUUUUUUCUUGUCAUUCCUUGCAUGCACUAUUUGACAAAGGUUCAUCGCAAACUUUGCAACAUCGCAGGGGAUCGAGGUUAAUAGUUAGAGCAGAUGCAGAUUACUAUUCUGUACUCGGGGUGUCAAGAAAUUCCAGUAAAUCUGAAAUUAAGAAUGCUUAUCGGAAGCUUGCCCGGAGUUAUCAUCCUGAUGUGAACAAAGAACCUGAUGCAGAACAGAAAUUUAAAGAACUUAGUAAUGCAUAUGAGGUCUUGUCAGAUGAUGAGAAACGAUCCAUAUAUGACACAUAUGGAGAGGCUGGACUUAAGGGUUCAGGAAUGGACAUGGGGGAUUUCAGCAAUCCUUUUGACCUGUUUGAGACACUGUUUGAGGGCAUGGGUGGCAUGGGGGGAAGCAGAGGAUCUUGGAAUGGAGCAGUUGAGGGCGAGGAUGAGUAUUACAGUCUUGUUUUGAACUUCAAAGAAGCCAUUUUUGGGGUGGAAAAAGAGAUAGAGAUUCGGCGAUUAGAGAGCUGUGGAACCUGCAAUGGUUUGGGGGCUAAACCAGGGACUAAAUCAUCCAAGUGUAGCACUUGUGGUGGUCAGGGUCGGGUUGUCACGUCGACAAGGACUCCAUUAGGCAUCUUUCAGCAGUCCAUGACAUGCUCUUCUUGCAGUGGAACUGGAGAAACUUCAACACCUUGCAGCACAUGUGCUGGGGAAGGUCGAGUGAGAAAGACAAAGCGGAUAAGUCUCAAGGUUCCUGCUGGUGUGGAUUCUGGCAGCCGUUUAAGGGUCCGAAAUGAAGGUAAUGCUGGAAGGCGUGGGGGUUCUCCCGGUGACCUCUUUGUUGUUCUUGAAGUUAUCCCUGACCCCGUGCUUAAGCGAGAUGACACAAACAUUUUAUACACAUGCAAGGUGUCUUAUAUUGAUGCAAUAUUGGGGACAACAAUUAAGGUUCCUACUGUGGACGGCAUGGUGGAUUUAAAAAUCCCAGCUGGGACUCAACCAAGCUCAACACUUGUUAUGGCUAAGAAAGGUGUUCCCUUGCUGAAUAAAAAGAAUAUGAGGGGUGAUCAAUUGGUUCGGGUGCAAGUUGAAAUCCCCAAAAAACUGAGCAAAGAAGAGAGAAAACUUAUUGAGGAACUAGCUGAUUUAAGCAAAGGCAAGACUGCUGCCACCAGUAGGAGAUAACUUAUUGAGGAACCUGUAUCCUAUGUAUUUCUAGCCUCAUUUCCUUUUAUGAUGGAUGCUUCAUUCUUGACCUUGAGACUCACAACUCGGGGCUGCAGCUAUUCAUUUCAGAACUGUGGUGGGAUUGGUUAGCAUAUAUUGAUAGAUGUAGGUUACUAGUUUUUAUUUAUAGACAGGCAGAUAUGAAGAGCAGAAGAAACUAGAGAUCUUUCUUUUUCUUUGGAACUUAUUAUAUGCCUUAGCAAUGCUAUUGUUUUUUUAAGGGUGGGGGUGGGGAAGGACUACAGCUCAGGUGCAAUGCCAUCUUUAUUUUCUCAAGUGUUGUUUUUAGACAAAAUUGGAAAUGUAUACUAAUUUAUUUAAAGUUAUUUAUAAAGCCAAAAAAACUUAUUGUUAACA